GCCAUCAGAGGCAGAGAGUCACUAUUUUUGUUACCACGAAGCGUUUUCAAAGUGGAUUUGCGAAGCGGAAGAGGAGGAAGGGGAGGAAUUAAGAGGCCCAGUUUAAGGAAACUGACGAAAUUCUUUAAUAAAACAGCCAGAGACUCCACGACGGAGGAGCAACAAGUAGACCAUCGACCACCUUAACCGCUAGUGUAUUUACUUCGUAGGCCUAUUUAUUAGAGAGAACUGGUCAUUGUUACCUAUUUAAAUGGUUUCUCUUGCUCUUCGCUUUCCCACCCCCCGUUUUUUUCUCUCGCUGUGGUUGCAAUGCUGAAUGCAAGAUGCUUGCUUUCAGAUUGAACCUCGCAGAAUCGACAGUUCCUUCUUUCCUUGAAAUGCCAAAUAAACACACCUGCCUUUUCAGCCUCGUUGUGCUGUGCCUGGGCUCAGUAAGAUGUGAGGAGCUCUAUGUGCAGCAGGGCAAGCCUGCCAAACUGCCCUGUGAUGGGGCUGUGGAGUGGGAGUAUAAUUCAAUGUUGAUUAUCAGAGAAGAUAGUAGGACAGGAAAUGCACUCAAAGGCCCGGCGCCCAUGAAGGACAGAGUCAAGAUGAAGGGGAACGGUUUAGAGAUCUCCGGCCUAGUGACUGCAGAUGCUGGAACUUACACCUGUAAGAGUAGAAAGGCAGACACGAUAAAGCACCAGCUUUACGUGAUCUCAGUCUCCAGCAGUCCCGCCAGCCCCCUCCUCCAAGGGACCCAGGCGGAGCUGCGAUGCCAGGUUUCGGGCCGCUCCAAAGUGAAUCCCUCGUGGCUCCGACCCAACGGGACCAGGGUUAAGACCUCGGAGGCGGGUUCGUCCACCCUGCAGUCAGUGGACGUCGCCGACGGCGGGAAGUGGGCCUGUCAGCUCACACCGGAGAGCAAGAUAGACCUGCCAAUCACUGUGCUAGGUCUGAGUUCGACUCCUGCGCUGACCGCACGCCCGGGGGAGCCCGCCGUCCUCCGCUGCGAGCUCUCCCAGAGCUGGCUGGUGGGCUCGCUCGGCCUCCAGGAGGGGGGGUGGGAGAGGCUCUCCCCCAACCCUGCCCGCCUGCUGUCCCUGGAGAAGAGGGCGGACGGGCAGCUCUUCUGGAACAGCACAGGCGCGCGGGGGAGCGGCCUGAAGUUCUCCCAAGAAAAAUUAGACGGCAACCUUUCUGUGACCCUGAAAAAAGUGACCGUGCAGCAGUCUGGGAAGUACCAGUGCUUCCUGAAGUUCAAGGACAGAGGGAACGUGGCGGCUCAGGUGUCGCUGGAGGUCAAAGGUCAGUCUGACGAGACUAACCAUGGCGGAGGCACUAUCGGGGACCAGCCCAACAGCAAAGGCGUUUACCUGGGCUUGAGCCUGUGGGUCUGGCUGGCCAUUGGACUGGGGUGUCUGGUUCUGAUUGUUCUCAUCAUCAUCACCGUGCUCCUGAGUCAGAGGAACAAGAGAAUGAAGAGGAGAGCAAGGAAGCUGAGGUCGAUGAGGCAGCCAUUGACAGCCAGAGACUACUGCCGGUGCAGCAGAAGUACCGUUGGACGUCCAAAUGGAAGACGGAGGGGGGAUGCACCGUCCGAGAAGGGAUGCCAGCGCUGAGAAGAAGAGGAUGAAGAUCAAUCGAGCGAAGGCAGAGAGAAGAUGGGGAGCGUGUGUAUGGGGAGUGUAUCAAAGGGACUGUAAGAAUGUUGGCUGCCAUUUUUCCGCCUAGGUUUGUAGUUUUGCCUGCUGUCCAAACGGUGUCUGGCACUGUGUCGUCUGGUCUUGAGCCCCACCAGGGUUUCUUUUCCCUUGUCAUCCCAUGCGCUGACAACUAAGAGUGGAACAAACUUCCAGAUAUGUAUGGGCUAAAUUUUCCCCUUUUUUUCCCUACUUAAUUUCCAUCUACACCCCCUUUUCCUGCUGACAGAACUUCACCUUAAAUAUGUGUUCCUGUCCACUUUAUGAACCCCUUUAUUCUUCCCCCUGAGCCUCCUGUUGCUAAGCCCGAGAGAUUAUGUUUCUUAAGUCUUUCUUUGUAACUUUUACAUUUGAUGCCUGAAACCAAUUUAGUUGCCCUUCACUGUAAUGAAGCGAAGGCCACGUUCUGUAUGAAUGUGAGAUAUUGUAUGAACUGUGACUGAGAAUGACACAGGAUCCGGACGUAGCUCAUAAUAGGGAGAUACUGAGAAAGAUACUGUAAUUAUGCAUUUCUUUAAAAAAAAAAAAACUUGUAUUGCUUUAUUCUGUAUAUGAUCAUUUGUAAUAUUAUUUUGUAUUAUGUCAGCCUCACGUGCAUUUAUCUCAAUAAACACAGCCAAUUUAAAAUAAAAGGCAA